UGACAAACCGAACCAAACCUAAACCUGCUGAAGUAAGAAGUGCAAUAAUUUUCCUCGGUUUCUCGAUCGAAAAUUAUUAAAUAACAUCGGAAAUAUAAUUUAAUUUAACACAAACCAAAUUGAAUAUGACUCUGGCAACCAAACUCUUCAAACAACAAUGGAAAACUUUGCAGGUUCUCUCAAAAUACACAUCUUUUCGAUCUAUGUCAACGACAGAAUCAAUAGCCAAAAGAAAUAAACUAUUCGAUGAGGAGACAAAGCGUCAACAAGAUACCAUUGGUCGUAUUGAGAAAAUCGAAGUUCGAUACUUGGGACUGCCGGAAGAUGUGACCCUCGUCAUGAACCGCGGAAUUUCAACACCUUUCAAUUGUGCCCAGCAUCUGACCGAGGGUCAUUGUAAACGAUCGGUUUUGGGUUUGGUCGAUGGCAAUGUCCCGUGGGAUAUGUUCAGACCGUUGCAGGAAUCAUGCACUCUCCAGUUGUUGAAUUUCACAGUCGCUGAUCCGCAUUUAGUUAAUAAGGCAUUCUGGAGAAGUUGUUCGUUCAUGCUCGGCGCAGCCCUUCAAGAAAGCUUUAAAGAUGAAGCCGGUCUCCAACUUCACAGCUUUCCCGGACCCAAUAUCAAAUCUGGUAGCUUUGUUCAUGACAUCUACCUUUCUGCCCAAGGCUGGUCGCCAUCCAGUCGAGAACUGCGAGCGAUUUCCGCCGAAAUGGUCAAACUCGCUGCCCAGGAUCUCAAAAUCGAACGACUGGAGGUGAACAGCGAAGUUGCCAUCGAAAUGUUCAACGACAAUCGCUACAAAAAGGAACAACUUCCAAGCAUUCUUUCUCAAAAUCAAGGACGAGUCACUUUGUACCGGGUUGGUAAGCACAUAGACAUCUCCCGUGGUCCAAUGAUUGCCUCGACAAGGUUUUUGGGCAAAUGCACAAUCGCUGCUGUACACGAACUGUCCAAAGAAGGCAAAGACGGAAGCAUUUAUCGAGUUCAAGGUGUUGCACUGCCAGCUGGUAUCAUAAUCAAUCAUUUUGCCUACGGAAUUCUCGAAAAGAGAGCGAAGAAGAAUAAUCCUGCUCGAUUGCCAACGGAACCGUUCGAAGAACAAGUAGCGGAUCAAUUGAUUGCAUAGAUUUAGAUUUUGUGGUUAUGUUUUGUAAAUUUUAAGAAAUAAAUCAGAAAUAGUUUCA